AUGAGCGCAGAUGUGGUUACCUUGAGCAAUGAAGUGAAGGAAUUCAGGCUUCAGCUUGAGUCUGUUCAGUCAAGUUUGCAGGUAGACCCAGAUAACACAGAACUUCAGAGCCUAAAGACUGAGCUUGAAGAACUUAUAUCCCUUACGGAGCAAUCCAUCGCCGAAUUACAACCCGAUAUUCCCCCGGAGGUCACGAAGUCGAAACCCGCUUCUCCACCAAUAAAGGAAAAAUGGUCUAAAGAAAACCACCCUGCAUAUCAAGCUGGGUAUCGGAAACCUGUAGAUCCUGCCGUCGAAGAGCCCCAUUCCACCCCCGUCACCUUCUCCGUUAACGACAACGUUCUCGCUAGAUGGGUUUCCGGGGAUAAUGCUUUUUAUCCAGCUCGCAUCACAUCCAUAACUGGCUCGUCCACAAACCCUAUUUAUAUCGUCUCCUUCAAGUCAUAUUCGACUAUCGAAAGUUUGGGCGCGAAGGACAUUAAACCUGUUUCUCAUAAUGAUUCUCGAAAGCGAAAGGCUGAUGGGAUACCAGGAACACCAGCCCCGCAGUCUCUGCCGGCAAAUCCAAGCGUGAUAUCUGCUGCCGCUGAUAUCAACCCCGCUCUCGCCAACAUGGCCCGAACAGAGGGUGCUAAACCCGCUGAUGGGUCUCGACCGGCGAAAAUGCCCCGAAAGGUCAAGGCCAAAAAGGAUCUGGAAGCCGGGAAAGCUAAAUGGCAAGACUUUGCGAGUAAGGGCAAAUUUGGCAAAGGCGGCAAGAAAGAAAGCAUGUUUCGCACUCCAGAUGGAGUCAAUGCCAGAGUUGGAUUCACCGGCUCGGGUCAACAAAUGAGAAAGGAUCCAACAAGAAGCCGACACAUAUACCAGCAGGAGGAAGAUACAUAUUAA